AACUUAAGUAUCCAUUAAAGAUAAAAUGUGUACAUAUACAAUCAAAACUUUCAAAUCCUUAAAAUUAAGGUUGAACGAAUUUUUUUUCGUAAUCAGUCUUACAAACAAGAUAGAUAAGUAAUAGAAAGGGAAUUAAGAAGCGUGCUGCAAAAAUUACAUGUAACGUUGUCGUCAGGUACCUGAAAGGCUGAAUUAAACCGUGUUACACAACAAUGCGUCUUGAAUGCAUUUUUUGCAGCCCAACCACAACACUGCACUGAAGAAUUUAUAGUGACCUGUUUUGUGCAACUGAGACUUACAUUGUUUGUGCAUUGGAGGAAGUAGUGCUUGAAUAUGCAAAAAAAAUAUACGGAAAUGCAUUUGCUCCAAUAUGCAAGGUAAAAUAAGAGCAGCAUUCGAUUUUAUUUCGAGUGAAUGUACCUGAGGCAUUAUUUAUCGCGCUGAUAGUUUGCCGAGAGACUUAUUAGACUUGCGAAUAUGUGAUCCAACUUUUAAACCAGUGAUAUUGUGAUUGAUACCUGAAAACUGUAUUAUUAGUGAAUUAUUCCUGGAAGUAGUGCGUGUUUGCAAAUCUUUGAUCCAAGCAAGAUGAUGCAAACUAUAAACGGAAUUAUGGAACCCGUGUUCCUCUCUCGUUAAGAAAAAACGACACGUGUGUCGCUUUUAGAUAUGAACAAUGAGUCAAAAAGUGUUUCGUGUGUUGGUUAUUUUCAGACAACUCUCAAUCUGCCGGACGUUACACGUUAAUUUGGAUAACCCAACAUAUUCAGAAGAUCUACUCUACUCACCCACCAUAUGAAUAUGCAAUGGCCAUGAAAUCAACGUGCCGGCAAUCCCGUGCUGUAUCCUACGAAUCUACUGCUGCUACAUAUUUACUGGACUCUUACCUCUUCUAUCAGAAGACAUUCAACUGUCCUCGGUCAUAAAUAAAAUUAUUUUUAAACAUUGGCUUCGUCCAAGUAUGCAUGAACCUAAUUCUGAGGUCAAUAUGGUGUGAACCGACUUGGAAUUCCUGACCCUUCUCUUAUGAGCUCAGCGAGUGAGUAAUUUAUUUUAAGCGUUAUUCAGAAACCCGGAGCAGACGGAUUAUUGUUUACCGAAGAAGGGUUGAUCCUCUCACCAGAAUAAACCUGUCAAUUUAAAGCUAGUCUCAACUGGAAAUAUCCGGCUAUACGCUAAAUAAAAUCUCAUUAUCUGGAGCACAAAAUAGCAACGGUGACGUCAAGUCAAAAUUUCACUCAAGCGUCCAGAAGACGGCAUACAUGGAUUAUAAGGAUAUCUUGCAACUUAAUGCAGGCACACGGAUGCAAUACUUUCAAGUCGACGAAGGAUCAAUCAACUAUCAUUCAAUUCCUUGUUGAUCAACAGUCCUUUUGGAUCAUAAAAUCAGUCAGUCAAUCAAUCAAAACUACUACCACAUGGAUUGCAUUGUGUACGUUCGUAGUAGUUGUUUUGCAUAACUCGCCGUUUUAUUUACUACGAUAAGCCGACACUCGAACCGUUGAACAAUUAGUUUUUCAUUUCAGGUCAAGCACAUUAAUAUUUGUUGAUGAUUGAUAUGUCGAACCUUUAAGCUCUACUCACCACAACGUGAUUGGGUAUUGUGUGUGAACUUUGGCUGGGGAAAGUGUACAAUAUAAUCGUAUCAAGAAAAACCAACACCACGAAAUUGCGGUGUUCAGCCUUUGGAAUGUGCUAUUGACUAGUGAUCAUCAUCAAUGUCAUCAUCACACAUACGCGUUUAGGAUCUGCCCUAACCUGCACCCAAUUUUGUGUAUCUAAGUAUAUACGGCCGCUAACAAACCAAUGUGCAUGCGUUGUAAUAUUUAAAUUAGCUUGGCUAAGUCUUAAGUAAAUGUUGAUACCCUGGACCCGUUUGCGAGGAGAUACAAUACAUGAGCCAUUAAGAGGCAAAAGCUGAACGGUGCUGAACGAAAGUUUUAAUAUAUAUCAGCCGAAUUGUUGCCUUUGAGGGAUUCGACAAGUUGCACUGCAACUGGACACAUCUACUAUCUGCUUCCAUAAUUCAUCUCAAAAUUCAAAUUUAGGAGAGUUUUAUCGUCGUCUGAGAGCAAAUAACUCGUGCUUUUUGCAUAAAAUAUUACCAAAUAAUAAAUAACCAGCAGUCAAUUGAGUAUACAAAUUCGACUCGAAAACUACCCCACAAAGUUCAUUCCAUAACAUUUAAUCUCCAAAAUGAAGAGACAUCGCGAGAGAUCUUCGUUAACAAAGGAGGAGGGUGAAGAGCACGAACAAAUCCGUCUUGUGCAUACUCCAGAUCUUCCAGUGACGAUUGUCAAAAUGAAUGACUUUUCCGCAGCAAAGGACCAGGCAAAUUUUGUCAUGAAACACAAUAAUUCUUUCUGCAAUACUGCGACUGACAUGUCCAACGAGUAUUUGGAAAAAGCGUCACCACCCAAUCCAAGGAAAAUUUAUGCUGACUGCAUUCUCCGAGCUUCUGAAUCUCAAAAAUCUUCCAUUAAAUCUUCGAUGAGAUGCAAAUGUACACCUUUGGAAUGGUUUCUCACCUUAUUCCCCAUCUUCUCCUGGCUUCCGAAAUACAACUGGAGGACAGACUUAUCAUUUGACUUAGUGGCUGGAACAACAAUAUGUGUCAUGCAUAUUCCACAAGGCAUGGCUUAUGCUCUUUUGGGCAAUUUGCAGCCAAUCAUAGGGAUCUACAUGGCCUUCUUUCCAAUCAUCGUUUAUUCCUUCAUGGGUACAUCCAGGCAUGUUUCAAUGGGGACGUUUGCAGUAGUUUGUCUUAUGACUGGUAAAGUUGCGACAGAACGAAUGGCUUCUUAUGCUGCUGUCCAGCUAAAACUUAACGACUCGGCUCUGCUCUCUGAGCUGUACUUGACCGACGAUGAAACGACGCCUGGCUCCCCAUAUACAUCCGAGCAAAUUGCGACUGUGAUUAGUUUUUCUGUGGGAAUAUGGCAGAUCUUGAUGGGUACUUUGCGGUUGGGGUCACUAAGUGUCCUGCUUUCUGCAGAACUUGUGAGCGGUUUUACCACAGGCGCGGCGGUUCAUGUCCUCACUUCACAAAUUAGAAAUCUCCUGGGACUCUCGCUCCCAAGACGAAAUGGGUUGUUCAAGAUCCCACUUACUUAUGUUGAUAUAAUGUGGAAUUUCGGCAACAUCAACGUGACUGCUGUCUUGUUUUCCGUAUUUACAAUUUCCUCUUUGGUGAUUUUCAAUGAGGUUUUAAAACCUAUUGCUGCAAGGAAAAUUCCAUUUCCUAUUCCGAUCGAAUUAUUUACAAUAAUAAUUGGUACUUUGGUCUCCAAGUAUUGGAUAACAUCGAAAGAGUAUGGCUUCCCCAUUGUGAACCAUAUCCCCACAGGACUGCCAACACCCUCCUUGCCACCAAUAGAAAUCCUUCCAGACGUUAUUGUCGAUAGUUUUGUUAUCGCCCUCGUGGCUUUUGUGAUUUCUGUGUCAAUGGCAAAAAUUUUUGCAAUCAAACAUAAUUAUCAAAUCAACCCGAAUCAAGAACUUAUAGCCAAUGGAACGAGCAAUUUUGUGGGGAGUUUAUUCAUGUGUGCUCCCAUCUCAGCGUCUCUGUCGAGAAGUUUAAUUCAGGAACAGGUCGGGGGCAAGAGUCAGAUAGCCGGACUAUUUUCUUGCUCCCUGAUUGUUAUUGUUCUCUUGUGGAUCGGUCCAUUCUUUGAAACUUUGCCACAUUGCGUCCUAUCUGCCAUGAUCGUGGUUGCUCUCAAGGGCAUGUUCCUACAAUUCCUUGACCUCCCCAAGGCCUACAAUGAGUCUUUGCUGAACGCUGUGGUCUGGGUGGCCGCAUUUAUCGCUACUGUUUUGUUAGACAUCGAAUACGGUCUGGGGGUUGGGUUAAUUUUCUCCAUUUGCACCCUAAUUUUCACUUCGAACAAACCUCACAUUAAUGUUCUGGGGACAUAUGCUGACUCCAACGUUUAUGUGGACGCGAGCAUGACACAGGCCAAAGAAAUUCCUGGAAUCAAAAUAGUGAAAUACACUGGAAGUCUCAAUUUCGCUACCAUUGAACUUUUUGUAGAAAAGCUUCAGCUAAUCAUUCCUCCAACGGAACCAAAGCGCAAAAAGGGUGCCAAUAAUUUGGGUGGAAUUAUCGUAAGCACAAUAUCGAAGGAAAAAAUCAAUGACAAUGUUUCUAUUGAUGACAAUCUUUGUGACUUUCACCCUGCAAUGGUUCAACUACAAGAAUCAAUCUCUUGGAUAAUUUUGGACUUUUCAAGUGUGAGUUCAAUUGACCCUGCAGGAGUUAAAGCACUGAAAUCUUUGACCAAAACAUACUUGAAAAAAGACAUUCAACUCAUUUUCGUUGGAUGUGCCCCUUCUUUAUUUCAAGUAAUGGAACGAUGCGAACUUUUAAGCCAAGCCGGAAUAGAACACUUUUUCUCUACUGUACAUGACGCAGUGACAUUUUGUUGUGUGCCAAAUUUCGAGCAGAUAAAUAACAAUGCAAACCAAGCAAUGAGUCCAGAUUCAAUAAAUAUUGACUGUGUGACAACAAAUGUCCCAUAUCAAGUGAUUCAAAAUUCAAUUUUUGAAAAGAUACCCAACAAUACCUGAUUCGUACCUCGUGUGAUGUAGAAAUGUGUGAUUGUUACAAAGUAUAGUUACAAAAAAGUUACAAAUAAGCUGAAUAGAAUUUUGAAUGAAACUGAUACAAUGAAACAAAUGUACCUGCAAUUGCAAGAACUUCAAACGAUCUUAUUUUGUGACAUUUUAUUUUAUGUAAUUUUAGUGGUUGAGGAUAUAAUUUUUUUUAAAUAUUUUAGUGUACGUAGCCUAAACUGGCUUAAAUGAAAAUGUGAUGACAAUAUUUAAGGCGUUAUUUAUUUAUACAGGGAGAAUAGUAUUUAUAAUGCACAAAAUCAGUAUUAUCUGCUAUUCGUACUUAAAAAAAUAAAAGUAUAAUGCCAUGCGAA